GCGCGAGUCAGAGAGGGACUGGGAAUCGGAACAGUUCGGAUGCACACCGUGCAAGGACGGUGAUUCAGUUAGCGGCGAGCCGCCGUCGGUGAGGGAUCGUUGAUCGUCGGUUUUUCGUUUUUCUUCGUGUCGUAUCGCAUCGCAUCGCAUCGCAUCGCAUCGCAUCGCAUUGCAUCGCAUUGCGCUGGUUCUGAUCGUGUGGCGAGCCGCGCGUCGUGUACCGUGUUCCGUGUUCCGUCUUUCCGAGAUACGAACGUUUCAUGUUGAAACACAGCCGUCGCGUGUACACGCGCACGCGCCCCCGACUCGUUACAAUUGCACGGCUCGCUUAGGAAUGAAAUUGACACGCGCGUUCCGCUUGAAAAUCGAAUACACCUGAUUGCGAGAGACGCUCGAUGAAAUAUAUCGAAGCUGGUUAGCCUGUGUCGAAUCGUCCUUGUUGAACGAACAUUGGAAAAAUUCGUUUCGAAAUCGCGAUCGUUAUCGCGACGAAAUUCGAAUCGAAGAUCAUCUAGUCUAGUCCUGAAGGAGGGAACGCGUGUGGUUCGCAAGCGGGACCGCUUUUGUUUUCGCCAGCCCUCCGGUAUAAUGCGAACAGGAAGAAAAAUCGAAGCGAGCGGCUUCGUGGUGGGCAUCGACACUCUGAUCGUGAAAGUUUAAUCGAUCGGUCGAUAUGACGAGCGAGAGAGAAGCGUAGGAUCGACGAUUCGAAACUCGGUAGGAUCGAAAACUCGAACGGUGUCGCUUUACCCGAGAGAAGAACAGAGCGAGGAAAUAAUCGCCGAACGAGACAAGGACGGUUUGUGCGUAGGUGACACAGCAAGGGGCUGUGGGGGAGGGUGAGGGGCGGGGAAGGGAAGGGAAGAGAAGGGAAGGAGGCGUGUAAGAGAGAGUAAGAGAGAGUAAGAGAGAGAGAGAGAGAGAGAGAGAGAGAAGUCGUAUCGCGCGCGAACAAACUCAACGAAGAUGAAGAGUGGAGCAAAGGCACGAUUGUUGGGAAUCGUCUGCGGAGUGAUUCUGUUCGAUUGCGGGAACGCAUUGGCGGGUAGCGAGAUCUACGCGAAGACAUUCCCGAGCCAACAACAUCCGUCGGACCCGUGCUACGACGAGGACAGACCGCGUCGAUGCAUCCCGAAUUUUGUGAACGCGGCAUUUGGAGCGGCGGUGGAGGCUUCGUCGACCUGUGGAAGCGGCGGGCCCACGAGGUACUGCGACGUGAUCGAACAGCCGGGUGGUAGCACGGGUAUAGGUCAGUGCCACAUCUGCGACGACAGCACGCCGCGACGUCGAUUUCCUGCGAGCUACCUCACGGAUGUGAGCAACCCCAACAACGUGACCUGCUGGCGAAGCGAGCCUCUUGUCACCUCCCAGAGUUUCUCCGCACCGCCAGACAAUGUGACCUUGACCCUCUCUCUAGGAAAGAAAUACGAACUGACCUACGUCAGCCUGCAAUUCUGUCCAAAAGCGGCCAAGCCGGACUCGAUCGCGAUUUACAAAUCGAUGGACUACGGGAAGACGUGGCAACCGUUCCAAUUCUAUUCGUCUCAGUGUCGGCGAGUAUACGGCAGACCGAAUCGCGCCACCAUCACAAAGGCGAACGAGCAAGAGGCCAGAUGCACCGACAGUCAUCGAUAUACCGGUGGUAACGGCCUCGCGCCCGUCGGCAGGAUCGCGUUCAGCACCCUGGAGGGCCGUCCGUCGGCUUCCGACUUUGAUAACUCGCCGGUUCUUCAGGAUUGGGUUACCGCGACCGAUGUUCGCGUCGUCUUCAAUCGGCUUCACAUGCCCCAGCAGCCGUCGCAGGAACAAGUCUUGCAACUAGGUGGUGGAACUGGCGACGAUCACGACCGCGAUCAUGGCCUCGGCCUCGAGGAGUUGGCGAAACGCGAGAGGGAGAGAGAAGAGAGGUUGAAGAAUCAACAGAAGAGCCCCGCUCGUGCUGGUUUGCUCGAUUCAUUGGCGACCGCUUUGCCCUCGGUACACCAGGUUAUCGCGCCGCAAGAGAUGCAAUCGAACGACGCGGUUGAUGACGAUGAGAGCGAGUUUGCAGCAGCGGCGGCGGCGGCGGCGGUCACCGUCUCGACCAGUACGAGCAGCACCCUCGCCAGCAAUCAUGGGUCCAGCACGCUGGCUCAUCAUUACGCGGUCUCGGAUUUCGCCGUCGGCGGCAGGUGUAAGUGCAACGGCCACGCGGCAAGGUGCAUCCAAGGCAAGGACGGCGAGGUCGCCUGCGAGUGUAGGCACAACACCGCCGGCAGAGACUGCGAGAGGUGUCGCCCGUUCCACUUCGAUCGACCAUGGGCACGAGCCACUGCCAGAGAUGCCAACGAAUGCAAAGAAUGCAACUGCAAUCUCCACGCAAGAAAGUGCAGAUUCAACAUGGAACUAUACAAGCUGUCGGGUCGUGUCAGCGGAGGCGUUUGUCUGCAGUGCCGGCAUUUUACAGCAGGAAGACACUGUCACUAUUGUCGGGAAGGUUACUACAGGGAUCCGGCGAGACCGAUCCAACAUCGUAAAGCCUGCAAACCGUGUGACUGUCAUCCGAUCGGAGCUUCCGGAAAAACUUGUAACCAAAGUACUGGCCAGUGUCCGUGUAAAGACGGAGUAACUGGUACCACUUGUAACAGAUGUGCCAGAGGUUACCAACAGAGUAGAUCGCACAUUGCACCUUGUAUCAAAAUACCGAGGGUUGUGCAGACUCAAGGGACAGCUGGUGAGGAGAGCGGAGAACACGAAGACGACGACGACGAGCGCGGUUACGAUGGACGAGCUGAUCAAUGUGGAAAAUGUCGAGCCAGCACUAAAAGAUUGAACCUGAACAAGUAUUGCAAAAGAGAUUAUGCUAUUCUGGGUAGGAUAACAGAUAGACACAAAAAGAACGAUGGCUCUCCAGCAGGAACAAGCGUGUCUGGUUCUGUUUGGAUACGUUUCACCUUAAAUGUUGACUUUAUUUAUAAAAAAUCUUCAAACUCGAGGAUUCGUCGUGGUGACGUGUUUCUUUACGUACACUCGGCCGACUUAGCCUGUAGAUGCCCGAAAAUCAAGCCAAACAGAUCGUACUUGAUUCUUGGUCAAGAAAGCGAUGGCGGAGGUCAAGGUGGACUGACAGUGACGCAGAGGUCGAUUGUGAUCGAAUGGCGCGACGAGUGGCAUCGUCGAAUGCGACGCUUCCAGCGGAGGGCAAAAUCGUGCCAUUGAACUAAUUUGCAUCACACCAAGGAAAAUUAGACGGAGAAAGAUUGGGAAGAUAGAGCAAGCAGCGGAGAAGAAAAAGAUGGAAUAAAAGAAAA